AUGUCUGGAGCUGGUGUACCACCGCCUCCUCCCGCCUUUAGAGGCGAUGCAGACCUCACAAUAGCAGAUACCAAGCGGGCCAGCCUAAUCGCAGACCACAAAGCCAAUGGUGUCUCCUCGGAUGAAGACAGUAUCAACCUCGAUAAGGAAAUCUACGAUAGCACGGCGAUAGACCCUGUGCUGGCAAAAAAGAUGGCUCUUGCAAAUAGCGCUCUUGAUGAGAUUGGUAUGACAGCAUUCCAAUGGAAGCUAUUCUAUCUGAAUGGUUUCGGAUAUGCGGUUGACUCGCUUCUCAUCGUGUGCCAGUCGAUCGCAGGUCCGGCAGUGACGCAAGAAUUCGGAAACCCAAGCAAGAAGAUCGCGGGUGUCGCUCUUGCGUCUCAAGUAGGACUCUUAGUUGGGGCUGCUCUCUGGGGCCUCUCUGCAGACGUUAUAGGCCGCAGACUUGCGUUUAAUUCGUCCUUGUUCUUGUGCGCCGUCUUUGUCCUCAUAGCAGGUGCUAUGCCGAGUUAUAUUUCAUUUUCCGCGAUGGUGGCUAUUUAUUCGGCCGGGGCUGGAGGCAACUACAUCCUCGAUGCAACCAACCUACUUGAAUUCCUUCCAUCUUCACACGCGUGGCUUGUCACAUUCAUGGCGGUCUGGUGGUCCGUCGGGUACGCGAUCACCGGCUUCCUCGCAUGGGGAUAUAUGUCGAACUAUUCCUGCGACCCCGAAGCAACAGUCGCUGAAUGUACCUGGGGCAAUAAUUGGGGCUGGCGCUAUCUCCACUUCACAUGCGGCGCAUUGGUCCUUGUCCUCGCGGCGGCUCGCCUUCUUUUCAUCCGUAUGCCACAGACGCCCAAGUGGCUAAUCUCCCAAAACCGCGACAAGGAGGUCAUCGCCAAUCUCUCUGAGAUUGCACACAAGUACAAUCGCCCGCUAUCACUGACCCUUGAGAAGCUUCAAAAGGAGGGACGGGUGUUGCAUACCGAUAAAUCUGCCUUCUCGGCGAUCAGAAUUGGACAGCAUUUCUCCCAACUCUUCACGACCAAGAAGCUGGCAUAUUCAACAAUAAUGAUCAUUGCGAACUGGGUUGUGAUCGGCACCGUUAGUCCUCUUUACAGCGUUUUCCUGCCAUACUACCUCAAGACCAGAGGCGCAGAUGUUGGGAGCGGGGACAACUACACUGUGUGGAGGAACUACGCUUUGAAUCAAGUGGCCGGCCUGUUCGGACCGAUCGUUGCUGCUAUCCUGGUCGAGACAAGAUUCGUAGGUCGUCGUGGAACGCUUGCGAUCGGAGCAGCCAUCACGACUGCGCUUCAGUUCGGAUACACUCAGAUCAAAACUCCAGCGCAGAAUGUUGGUGUGUCGUGCGCCAUCAGUGCUGCAUCGAAUAUCUACUAUGGCACCAUCUACGCUUACACACCAGAAAUCUUACCAGCCGCCCAUCGUGCAACAGGCUAUGCCAUAUGCGUAGUACUGAACCGAGUCGGAGGCAUAACGGGCGUUCUGAUAGGCAGCUACGCGAACGUGGAGACCACUGCGCCUUUGUUCGUCUGUGGUGGAUUGUUCGGACUUCUUGUUGUUCUCAGCCUGGCAUUGCCGUUUGAGAGUAUGGGCAAGAGAACAGUUUGA